UUCCCUUGCAUCGCACAUUUAAUUUUUGUUUGUGUACAAUGCGUUGCUAUGGCUAAUUAAACGGACAAUCGACAUGUUGUUUCUAGAGUGAAUCUUAUUUUAAAUAAAUAUUAAGGUGUCAAAAAAUGGCCGCAAAAGCAACCCAAAUAAUUCCUGGAGUUUUACGAGAAACAAGUAAUCCACUUCUACUUAAGGCUGAUAUAGGAAAACCAUCUAAAUGUGGUUAUAAAUUACCAGACUCUAACUUCACUUAUGGCAAAAUCAACCAAAGAAAUGGCAUCGGCACUGUAGAUGUGCUUGGCAGCUGGCAAACACAUUUGAAAGGUUCAAGUAAUGAUACAUAUUAUUUCUCUCAGAAGGAUUUCAUCAAAAUGAAUAAAUCAGCUAUACAUUUAGGUUUAAUAACAGCAAAAGACUUCAGCAAGUAUCAAUUAAACAAUGAGUGUUUUAAAAAAAAAGUGCAUCAUUCUACAAGAAAUAAAAUUUCAUUACCCCCUGAUGUGGUUUUUGGAGUUCCAACCAAAGCAUCACUUCCAAUUAACAUUUUCGAGCAUAAGGAAUAUGGCUACACACAAGAAGAGCAGCAGUUACAUCUAGCAAAACUUUGCAAUGAUAGAAAAAGUGAAAUUUCUAAAAGACACAGAGGCUACAGUGAAACUCGUACUUCAUUUUUAAGACGACAUAAGCCAUCUGUUGAUCCUCCUCCUCUAUGGCAAAUGCCUAAGUUUCAAAAAAAUGCAUUGCCUGCAUUAGAUACAUUUCGCAACGAAGCAGCUCGUGAAAAAGCUUUCCAAAAGCAUCAAACUGACUCUAUAGCAAGAACUGGUUUAUUUGGUCAUGGAACAUAUAAAGGAGCUUAGAAUUACACGGUCUAAAAUGUAUCUUUUAAUAUAUAUGCAUUUUUAUUAAGUUUAUAGACAUGUAUUGUGUAUAUUCACAUCGGCUAUAUCACGAAUAGAGUUAAUAUCUUUUUUACUAUAGAUGAAAAUAAAUAUUUGAACGAAUUUAUGUGCAAAUUACCAAAAUAAUAAUAUUUAUUUUAACA